AUGAUUGCCAGAAAUACUGCCCUCUGGCUUUUAGCCGUGAUGAGCACCAAUGUGCUGGCCCAGGAUGCAGAGGCUUGGUACAAAGCCCAUCCCGACAUGGCCCAUAUCAAGAGGGUGAAUCAGGACACGCAUCAAAUCGUGGAUGAGCAUGGCCGUACUCGGUUUUUCCAUGGGACAAAUGUUGUCAUGAAGGAAGCUCCGUGGUAUCGGCCAAUGGAUUGGACCCCCGGAGUCUCGACCUUUGGCGAACAAGAUGUCAAAAAUCUACAUGACAUGGGCGUCAAUGUUGUCCGCCUCGGACAUCACUGGGCAGGUGCUGAGCCAGCACGAGGUGAAUACAACCAAACAUUCUUGGACAUCAUGAAGCAGCAGACCAAGCUUGCAGAAGAGCAAGGCAUCUACGUGUUAGUGGAUGUCCAUCAAGACGUGCUGGCCAAGCAACUUUGCGGCCACGGCGUACCCGACUGGUUCGUCAAGAAAGACUGGAUUACAGGGUUCAGACGAUUUCCGUUCCCUCUCAAGCUCACAUCAUUUACUACGGAUAGCAAUGGCUUCCCCUCACCCGAAUCGCAAUGCAGCAGCAUUGACUGGUCGCUAAGUUACGCAACAGUUGCCGUCGGAAAUGCUUUCGGAAGACUGUAUGAUAAUUAUGAUGGCCUGGGAGACGCUUUUGCUGCGUAUUGGAAGAAACUGGCCUCGGAAUAUGCUGAAACCGCCAACAUCGUUGGAUAUAAUUUGCUGAAUGAGCCAUGGGCUGGAGAUACGUACAAAGACCCAACACUUCUGACGCCCGGCGUCGCCGACCACAAAGCUCUUGAGGGGCUCUGGAACCGUGCAGCGACACAAAUCAGGAGCGUGGACAACGACACAUUGAUUUGGUUCGAGGGCACCACCCUUGACGUGCUUUCAGGUUUCAACAACGUGCCACUUGGCGACGGCUCAAAGACGGUGCAUUCGUUCCAUUACUACCAUCCGCCGCAGCUCGGCACCAUCUCCGACACUCUUUACAACCGCCAAAAGGACAAUGUGCGUCUCAAAACUGCCGGUGUCCUGACGGAAGUGACGUUUUGGAUGGGCGACGACAAGCAAAUGAGUGCCAUGGCAGACGCCAUGACGGCCACCGACGACAACAUGGUUUCCUGGAUUGGCUGGGCGUACGAGAAUCUCUACAACGGAACUUCAGGGAAGCCCUAUCCUCAGCUGCAGCAGCACUACAGUCGCGCAUAUCCGGCGGCCAUCGCCGGUACACCAAGGUCUUUUGGCUUCGACGAGAGCUCCGGAACGUUCAAGCUGCAAUUUACGAGCGACCCGACCAUUGAUGCGCCUACGGAGAUUAUCCUGCCUGCGUCGACGUUCCCCAACGGGUACAACGUGCAGAUUUCUCCCGACGGCAGCUUGGUGCAGCAUUCGCGGGAUAAUCGCACUCUAGCUUUCUUCACCUCCAAAUCUCUUGCCUCGUCGACGUCUAUUUCUCUUACCGUCACCCGAAAGUAG